CCCCAUGUAUUUUCUUUUCAGUUAUAAAACCCCUCAGAAAUAAAAUAUGUCAUCACCUUCCGAAGGUCAACCUGGCUAUAUCGAUGCCUUGAAGACUGUCAAGCUCGACGAUUUCAAAGAGAUCAACAAGAUCCCAUGUGCACGCAACUCCUUACUUUAUGGCAUAGUGGGCGGCGUAACUAUGGGUGCCAUCCGUUUCGCAUUGAAGCGCUCUGUCCCUACAUCUGCUAACUGGGCAGUUGGUUCCUUUUGUGGUAUUUCAGUAGUCACAUUUGAAGCCUGCAAUAUGGAUAGAAAGCGCAAACUAGAAAAGUUAAAGUUGAUUGUAAAGGCUACAGACUCUUCAAAACCUCUUAGAAUGGAUGAAAAGGUCGUUGUUACUGAAAGAGGCAAAAACGGUGCAUUCAAUGUCAUGAUUGAAACACCACCUGUUGUCAAUGACCAACUCGGCAACGACAAUGAAGCGAAUUAAAGAAAGAAAAUCAGCACGUUGGAGGUUUGCAGGCAGGAAUGCUAUCGGUAUACUUGAACCCUAUGAGUUUACGAUACGAUAACUGCCCUUCAAGAGGGUCUUUUUUAUGCACUAAGAGAUGCACGAAAAAACAAAAAAAAAAAAAAAAAAAAAAAAACGCACAGGAAAAAAAAA